GGUGUCACUCAGUCCUGCACCUCCAGCAGGGUGGCUUACACGGUCUCUGCCUUUUGCCCCCGUGGACAGGACAUUGCUGAGACAGAGAGGUGUGCUCACUGGCUUCGACCUCCCAGUGUCUGAGCAGAGGAAAGUUCGAGUCCUUCACAAUGCCGGUGUUGAAGAAGCACAGGAGAAAAAACUCAGAACCUUCAGAGAAGGUCAAGGAGCAGCUGGCGGAGGUCGAGCUUCGGAAGCUGAGGCAGCAGUUCCGCAAGAUGGUGGAAAGUCGCAAGUCCUUCAACUUCGUCAGCCAGCAGAAGAUCUCCAGCCAGCACAAGGAAAUCCAGGCCCUCCAAGCAGAGCAGAAUGAGAUCGCCCUGGUUCUGGGUCUCCUGAAGUCCUCCAGGAACUUGGAUCUGAAUCAGAAAAACUACAUGGAGCUGCGUUUCCUGUUGCAGGCCAAGGAGGACUACGAGGGCCUGAUCAAGUCCAUGAAGGGGCUGCUGGCGGAGCUGGACGAGAAGAUUGUUCAUAUGGAGAACAAAAUCACAAACCAAAAACAGAUCUUCACAAAAAUGCAGGAGGCCAAUAACCCACGGAAACUGCAGAGACAGAUCCGCAUUCUGGAAAGCCGUUUGAAUCUUGUCACCGUCCACUUUGAUAAGAUGCUGACCAACAACGCUAAGCUCCGGAAGGAGAUUGAGGACCUGCGGUUUGAGAAGGCCGCUUACGACCACGUCUACCAGCAGCUCCACCAGCGCCUGCUGAUGCAGAAGAAGACCAUGAACUUGGCCAUCGAGCAGUCCUCUCAGGCCUACGUGCAGAGGCUGGAGGCCAUGGCGCGUGUGGCCGCCAUGAAGGACCGCCAGCAAAAGGACACCUCUCAGUACAACCUGGAGAUCCGCGAGCUGGAGCGGCUCUACGCCCAUGAGUCCAAGCUCAAGUCCUUCCUGCUCAUCAAGCUGAACGACCGCACGGAGUUCGAGGAGCAGGCCCGAAAGGAAGAAGCUCUCAAGACAAAAAAGCAUGGGACGAAGAGCAAAGGAGAGAGUUUCGAGAGCUACGAGGUGGCCCACCUCCGUCUGAAGAAGCUGGUGGAGGACGGGAACCUGAACAGGCUCAUUGAGGAGUUUCUGACCAAGGAGGAGAAGAACUUUGCUCGGUUCACUUACGUCACGGAGCUCAACAACGACAUGGAGAUGAUGCAGAAGAAGACCCAGAGGAUCCAGGACGAGAUCACCCUCUUGAGAUCCCAGCAGCAGUCCUCGAAUGACGACAGCCGCUCUGUCCUGAGGCAUCUGGAGGAGAAGCUGAGGAGGACCACGGAGGAGGCCAACAAGUUUGAGGAGAAAAACCGCGAGCUCAGCCAGACGCUGGAGCAACUCAAGGGCGCGGUGGAGGGGCUGUUUAAGAGGAUCCACUGCGACGCCACCAAGAUCCUGGUGCGGCUGGGGGAGACCGGGAAAGUCACGGACGCCAACCUGUCCCAGUAUUUCUCCCUCAUCGAGAAGAAGGCCAGCGAUCUGCUGCUGCUGGAGUCCUACAGGCGGAUGCAGGAGGUGGACGCGGACACCGAGAUGCCCCUGCCCUUCGUCAACCCCUUCUGGGGCGGCUCUGCCCUCGUGAAGCUCCCAGAACCCGUCAAGGUCACCCCACCCUUGCUGGGGACCGACCCCUUCGGGGACAAGCUGGACGACGUGGAGCAUCCGCUGGACCACGGCAGCCUGCGGCAGCUGGUGCUGGAAACUUACACCCACAAGGACACGCGCCAGCGGGACGUCCACUCGGACAGCAUGGUGAAGCGGCCGGCCAGCUAGGCCAGGGCGGAGUCACGGCCGGGGCGGGGCCACCGCGGUGCAAACCAGAGAAUAAAGGUUUUGUUCCCAACCGCGGCGCUGCCUCGUUCUCAGACCGGGGAGGGUGCUGAGCCCCGGGACGGUGGUGGAGAGAGGGCGGGACUG